AUUUUGCCAUUCAUCCUCCACCUCUCGCCGCCAAGCAGCUUCAACAACAGCAGAAGGGCAGACGUGAGAACGAUAUAUACAUAUAUCCAACAUGCAGAGGAAGUCGAGCGGCGGCGGCGGCGGCGGCAGCGGCAUGUGCGACCUGCCGAUGGACUGCAUCGCGUGCAUUGCCUCGCUGACGUCGCCCGGCGACGCGUGCCGGCUGGCGGCGGCGGCCGCGGCGCUCCGGCCGGUGGCCGACUCGGAUGACGUGUGGGGGAGCUUCCUCCCGCCGGAGUGGGCCGGCGACGGCGACGCCCUGGACGGUAAGCCGGGGGGCCGCGAGGGGGAGAGCAAGAAGGAGAUGUUCCUCCGCCUCUGCGACUUGCCUGUCCUUCUCGACGGCGGCAAGCUGAGCUUUUCGUUGGAGAAGCGUAGUGGUGCCAAGAAAUACAUGAUGCGAGCAAGAGCUCUCGGUUUUGGAUGGAGCGGCUAUCCCUACGGAGGUCUCGUCUGGAUACAAAACCAUCCGGAUUCCAGGUUUUCUGAGGUGGCCAUCCUCUCCCACUUGUGUUGGUUGGACAUCUAUGGUAUCUUCAACACAAAGCAUCUCUCAAACGGUACAUCCUACGGAGCUUAUCUUGUGUACAAUGUCCAAUUCUUGCACACAGAAGAUCAAAAUGGAGGCUACAAAGAACAAGAUGCAACAGCAUCUGGGUCAUCAUCCACCUCCAGCAUUUGCAGUCAUGAAUGCAACCAUCUUAUGCCGCAGAAACAUCUGCGCUCACUGUUGUUCAACAUGGAUUAUGAUGGAUCAUCAUUUGUAAAAACCAACAAUAACCAGAAGAAAGAACUGAAAUAUGUAGGCAUUUGUGUAAGAAGUGAUGGAUGGAUGGAGCAGGAAAUUAGUACAGAGAUAUCAGUGGUAAAACAGAACAAUGAAGAGAAUGGAGACAUUUCUAUUGAGUUUAGGGGCUUAACCGGAUCGCACCAAUGCCAAAUUAUUGUAGAGGGGAUCGAAAUUAGGCCGAAGAACUAACGGUUCUCCAGUUCAUGGAUAAUCAUGUCAGCUUUCCUAGUUGGCGCAGACGCCAAAAAUCUUGGGUACUUUCUUAUAUAUCAUGAAAGGUUUAUAUUUGGGUAAUCUUUGGAAAUAAAACAGUUGAUGAUCUAAAAGUAGUGGAGUAUUCAUUUU